CUUUAAGGACGGACGCUGUUCGUGCAAAGAUUACUGGUGACAUCGUUAUGGUAUGAAACUUUCUCAACAUUUUUCAAAAGCUUGAUUGGACUUUGCUUCCUAGCUGUCCAAUGAAGCUUCCUCAUUGUGAAACGUUGAGGAGAAAAUUUUGUGAAGAUGGACGCUGCGAAGAUGGAUUCGGGGCAGCGGCGACUGCAAGAGCUUGGAUAUAAGCAGGAGUUGAAGCGUUCUAUGUCGCCGCUAGGCAAUGUUGCCAUGUGUUUCUCAAUUAUUUCUAUAAUUAGUGGCAUUACCCCGACGUACAACACUGGUCUCAGAUAUGGAGGGCCUGUUUCCAUUGUCUACGGAUGGCUGAUCGUAUGCUUCUUUUCGCUGUGUAUUGCUCUGUCUCUGGCGGAAAUUUGCUCCGCCUAUCCUACAUCUGGUGGUCUCUACUUCUGGAGCUACAAGCUUGGAGGACGAAGAUGGGGAGCAUUUACGGCCUGGAUGACCGGAUGGUUCAACAUCGCUGGAAUGUGGUCGGGAACAGCGAGCGUUAAUUUCUCCCUAGCACUAUUGCUACAAGUGACAAUUCUCGUAAGUACAGGGGGAAGCAAUGAAGGUGGUUACUAUGCCUCAAAGUAUGUGGUAGUCUGCCUAUACGGUGGUAUACUGGUACUUUGUGGACUCAUCAACGUGCUCGGCAUUCGAUGGUUAUCGUGGCUCGGUACUGUGGUUGGUUUCUUGAACAUAUUGGGUGUGUUUGUCAUUGGAAUUUUUCUUCUGGCGAUAUUGCCUCGUCAAAGUGCACAAACUGUAUUUACCUCUUUUAAUGAGGAAAAUGGCGCUGGGAUCCACAGUAAGCCAUACAUAUUUUUGCUGGGAUUGCUAAUGAGCCAGUACACACUUUUGGGAUACGAUUCUGCUGCUCACAUGUCUGAGGAGACAGGAGCAGGAGAUAAGACUAGUGGUUAUGGGAUAGUUGGAGCUGUUGUAGGAUCCGUCGUAAUGGGAACUAUAUACCUUGUUUCUCUGGUGUUUACAAGCGGUGACACUCCACACUUACUGAAUCCGGAUAAUGACACGAAGGGCUAUGCAAUAGCGCAACUUUUUUAUGAUGGAUUCAAGAGCCACUAUGACGACGGAAGAUGGAGCGCUUUUCUACUGAUGAUACCCUGUGUUCUUAUCUUUUUUUGUGGAAUGUUCAUCGUUACUGCGGGAUCGAGAAUGUGUUAUGCGUUUUCUAGAGACGGAGCUUUACCUCUCUCACGGUUCUUGCAUCGAUUGAACAAAAGAGAGGUGCCAGUCAAUGCAGUCCUUGUAGGCAUUGUGAUUGCAUUUGUGUUGGGUUUACCGUAUCUGGCAAGCGCAGUUGCGUUCCAGGCAACGCUGUCUAUUGCAACGAUUUCCAUCAGUGUUGCUUAUAUGAUUCCAAUACUACUACGUGUAACAGUUGCAAGGCACAGUUUUGUUCCUGGGCCACUCCAUCUCGGGAAGUUUUCUAUCGUUAUUGGAUGGCUAGCUGUUUGCUGGAUCAUGACGAUUACCGUGUUAUUUUGCUUACCGGUGGCAUAUCCUGUUACAACAGAGACGCUGAAUUAUGCUCCAGUUAUACUUGGAGGUUUCGCAAUAAUCCCCUUGGCGUACUGGGUUUUGAGUGGAAGACAUUGGUUCCGAGGACCAGUACCAAACUAUGAGUGCGUAGAAAUAUGAUCCUCGUCGGUAAGCUACUGCAUCCUUUCGCUGUGUAUAGAGUUUUCUAAUAAGAACGCUUUCUUUACCA